CAAGGUAUAUUCCAAUCUCAUCUCAAUAAAACAAAUGAUAGAGAGAGUUCUACAGAAGUUGAGAGUGAAAUGGAGUGGCGAAAAGUGGAGAGAAAAAAGAGAAAGGCAAGUACAAGAACUAUAAAUGAAGAUGACAAAAGAGUUAGGAAAGGAAGUUUCGAAAACAAAGAAGGGUCGUGUUCAAAUCGUAAAAAAGGUAAGGAACAGAAUAUCAGAAAUGAGAAAAAAUCUAUGAUAGUAGAAAUAAGAGAUGUUGGUGAGAAAUCAUGCAUAAGCAAAAUAAGCCCAGCAAGACUCAUUAAAGAAAUUACCUCGAAGUAUGGAGAGGUGAGUAAAAUUACAAAAGAAAAGGGAAGCCUGAAAGUUACUUGUAUUGAUGAAACACAGAUGAAAAAGAUUUUAGAAAUGACUGAACUAAUUCACACCCCUGUAAAGGUUGCACAAUAUCUGCCCAUAACUCAAAUCCGCGGUGUUAUUCAUAAAGUAGAUACCCUAAUCACGGAGGAAGAACUAAAUGAGCUCCUGAAAGAACAAGGUGUGACGUAUGUAAAGAGAUUCAAUAAAAGAAUAAACGGUGAAUUAUCACUAACCCCUUCUGUUCUACUAGUAUUCAAAGGGCCAAAUCUUCCACAUCAUGUCUCCUUUCUAUACCAAAAAUAUGUAGUUGAUGAGUUUGUCCCUACUGUAACAAGAUGCCACAAAUGCCAGCAAUUUGGGCACAUCCAAAAGAAUUGCAAGGGUCAUUUAAGAUGUGUAAGAUGUGGUGAGGCCCACACUUUUGAAAUGUGCCCCAAUAAAGAUCACCCAAAAUGCUUGAGAUGUAACCUUAAUCAUUCAGCGGCCUAUCAAGGAUGUACCUAUUAUAAGGAAGCAAAAAAUAUUCAACAUGUCAGCUUGCAAAAUAAUUUAACUUAUGCUCAAGCAACAAAAAUAUACCAUCAAGAAAAAAGAGAAGAAAAUCAUUCAAAAGAUCGUGAUUCAUCAAACAAGAAUAUAAUCAAACCCCCCAAAAGAAAGAAAAUCCCUGAUCAACCGAAUACUUCGGAAGCUGACGUAGAACAAAUACCAAUUACGGUAAAGAGGUCGACCAUAAAAACGGCGACCAUGUCCACACAAACAGAAACGGCGGAAAAGUCUGUUCAGACAGAUGCGCAAGAAUUUACUUCUAAUCAUAGGCCUAAUGAAGCAGAAGAAUCUGGGCCUGUAAUUCCCGCAUCCACAGAAAAUGCUAGAGUCGACUUUUUGGCUUUCAUCACUUUUAUUGUAAAUAACCUUGACAAAGAAACUUCACAUUCAAACAGAAUACGAUUAGUGGUUGAUGCAGCCAAGCGAUGCUUAGACAUCAACGAGGUGUCUCCAGAGAUGAUCCACGAUCGUCUUCAGUAA